UGCGUAAAAGACAUUUUGGAAAGACACUUGGAUAUCCAAAAGUAGCUUUUUAAAUGAGCUACGGCACAAACUGAUCACAGCGGGAAACAAUCGUGUCUCAAGAAAACACAACUCAAGAUUGGUGAUCUUUGACUGCUUUUUAACGCCUGAAAGCCAGAAGUUUUCUGCUCGAUGAGGAGAACCUCGCGCGGCCCUGCUUGACCAGCCUCGGACGACCCGGAGUCGCCAAAUCCACAGGUCAAAGACUUAUUUAUCUUUUCAAUAGAUUCUAGCCAUGUGUGCAUUCAGUAGUUGGAGAUAAAGCUGCAAAAGUCUGGUGUGGGUGUUAGGGGGAGAGGGAGAGUGUGCGCGCGCUCUCGCUCGGUAGCCUCACCGGACCAGAGGAGGAGGAAAUCUGGGAGAGAGGGGGAAGAGAAGCGGUGUCUCCGAGGAUGACUUUAGGGACGGAUAUGUCCGACAGCUCUGCAUUGUCCGAAGAUGUGGACAUCGACGUGGUUGGGGGUGACAUAUCCGUUGGAAAGGACGGAAAGUACAUUCACCACGAGUUUAACUUGGACAAUGACUCGGACGAUAAUUACUCCCAGAACGCGGCCGAGAGAGUUUCCUCUCCGGGGCUCAGCAGCUCCGAAUGCCCGUCAGACCAAAUGGGCUCCAGCGCAGAGGUCGGCACCGUGAUCGGCGACAAAUCCAGAAAAAGUGCACUUGUAAAGCCACCGUACUCUUACAUCGCUCUAAUCACUAUGUCCAUUCUGCAGAGCCCAAAGAAGCGGCUCACUCUGAGUGAGAUCUGCGAGUUCAUCAGCAACAGAUUCCCUUAUUACAGGGAGAAAUUCCCCGCAUGGCAAAACUCCAUACGCCACAACCUUUCCUUGAACGACUGCUUCGUGAAAAUCCCACGAGAGCCUGGCAACCCCGGAAAGGGAAACUACUGGACCCUAGACCCGGAUUCCGCAGACAUGUUCGACAACGGGAGCUUCUUGCGCAGGAGGAAGCGCUUCAAGAGGCACCAAACUAACGAGAUCCUCAGGGAGUCUGCUGGCUUUCUACCCGGCUUUGGAUACGGCCCGUACGGAUACAACUAUGGACUUCAGCUGCAGAACUUCCACGCAGCCCACAACCCGUAUCACCCACACCACACAGGUGGCUCAUUUCCAUUCCCAAACGCCCCCUGCACCUUGCCCUCAUCAGCCUCCAUAUUCCCUGCGCCGCAUCCCCUUCCCUCCCUUUUAGGCGCCGAUUUAAGAAAGCCCUUUUACCCUCAACUGAGCCCUUCUCUGCCGCCUCUCAAGACGGACUCCAGCACCCCGAGCAGGCCUUCAUUCUCCAUUGACAAUAUCAUCGGUGCGGCCAACUCCACCGCCUCUUCCUACAGCGCGCAGCCGGGCAGCCAGGCGCAGAUCCUGGCCAUACUGAGCCCAGCUCUGGCCUCUGCUUCCAAUCAUUUGAACCUCUCACAGGACAGCAUAUUACAACCCGGGCCCCAGGGUCAGACUUUUUCCAGCAAAAAUAUGAACACUUGUCCUUUCUAAAAUACACUGUAAAAUCUGAUAAGUUGCUCUUACUUGC